GACGACAAUUUGUACAAACGGGCAUAUCCAAGCUCGGGGACUAAGAUCCGAGCCGAGUCCAUGCGGCUGAUACAACGGUAACAUAUGUUUACCCUCUCAUGCUUAAACUUGAGGGUCUCUGAAGUCAUUGCGUUUUCUUCAACGCCCAUUUUUGAUAAUAAAAUAUUUAUGUUUACGUGACGAAUUACACUCGUUCCCCCAGAACCGGUUCUGGACACAGUCGUUCUCGCUUCUUAUAGGCCGACAAGACUGCCCAAGUGUGGUCUUCUUCGGCAAGCAAAAGAAUUCAUAACCGAAUGUCCAUCCAUAAUAUUUGCUCGAGAUUGAGGCAUUGAAAUAUUUCUAUAUAUAGAGGACCUCUAAUCCGCCUCUUAGGAUUGUGGAUCUUACCAGCUUCGGCGCCUUGGGCUUGGAAUUAAAGACAACAUGGCAAACCCCUCUACGAUCUAUUUAUCGAAAGGACUCGGUGCUGGAACGCUGGCCGCUACCAUAAUCCUAGGUGUCUUCUCUUGCAUCAUCGUCCCCUUGCGAAUCUGGGUCAGAGCUAAGAAAGGGGCUAUCGGCUGCGAUGACUACUUGACGGUGAUAUCUCUCGCUCUCUAUAUUUUCUGCAGCAUUGCGGUUAUCCUGGGCUGCUUAUCAGGUUGGGGCGCAAAGGACGAUGUCAUGUCUAAAGUAGAUCCGACGGGUCAAAUAAAGAAGAACGGGCUAAGAUGGAUCUUCGUCUAUGAGGCAUCCUAUAUGGUGUGUCUUCCGUUUAUCAAGACUAGUAUUUGCGUCGCUCUCCUACGGAUCACUUCAGCCAAGCGCUACGUUAUCCCUUUAUGGUUUAUUAUAAUUCUUGGCGGCAUCGGGUCAGCCAUAGGUUUUGGAACUGUGAUAGGCCAAUGCAAGCCCAUUAGCGUCGCCUGGGAGGGAGGGCAUGCCGACUGUAGCGGGCUCGAAUUAGUCGGCAAGAUGUCUCUCACUAUGUCGAUUAUAAUCAUCGCAACUGACUGGCUAUGUGCGAUCUUUCCUGCGCUUAUUCUGUGGAACUUAAAUAUGAAGCCAAGAGUCAAGGCAUCGCUUAUAUUUGUUCUAUCUCUUGGGGUUUUGGCCAGUAUAUGCACAUGCGUUCGAGUACCAUAUGUACGCAUGUAUGUACACGUUGAAAAAACCCCUCGCGAUGGUCUCUAUAAGGGGUGUCGUAUAAUGGUUUGGUCCAUUGUCGAGUGCGGCGUUGGCAUUAUCGCGGGCUCUCUCCCGCCGCUCCGGCCGCUGCUCACAAGAUACGGCUUCGGGCUUAGCUCAAAUAGCAAGAAUCCGACCUACGAGCUUCAAGCUAAUAGGGGUUCUAAUUUCGACCUUUUCAACGGCAGGCAAGCACUCCCUGCAGCCCCUGAUGCCGCGGCCCGCCCCAUACGGCUCGGAAGCAUAAAGCGGACAGGCCGAAGUGGCUCGCUAGUAACAACCUGCCAAGCAGGGCCUCAGUCGCGCCCAGAGUUGUGCGAUGACAAUAGUGAUUCUGAUGACUCCUCGGACCGCAAACUAAUAAUCGUGAAGGAUACGCGGAUAGACGUCAAGUACGAUGCUGUAUAACUGAGGGCUUGAGCGAAAAGGAAGCUAAAAUGUACCUAAUCUCAGAUGUAUUAUUAGGAGGUACCUAGGGGAAUAUCCUCAUUUGACUGGGGUUCGAGCGCAUCUAAAAGGGGGUUAUAUUCGGCGUGUUGGCAAUAUCAAGAAAUUGGAAUCUACAUAGGAGCGUUGGGACUACGCCAAUCUUCGAAUUUCC